AACUGCCUUCACUUGUUCGCUGUUCACUUUGUGAUUCACUUGAUGACAGUUGCAAAACAUUAAACAAAACAUAUUAAAAUUUUGCGAUUACCAAUUGUGUUUAUAGGUUAUUAUAAAUAAAAAAAUAGAGCUGUGAAGAUCUUGUGGAUUUAAUAUAUAAACUACAUUAUAUUGUUUUUAAAUACAUAACCUUAAUCGAAAGAGAUUUAAUUCACAAUGAUCAUUCCUGUGCGUUGCUUCACUUGUGGCAAAGUCAUUGGAAAUAAGUGGGAGGCUUACUUAGGUUUAUUACAAGCUGAAUAUACUGAAGGUGACGCGUUAGAUGCCCUUGGUCUAAAGCGGUAUUGCUGCAGAAGGAUGUUACUGGGGCACGUGGAUUUAAUUGAGAAACUUCUUAACUACGCCCCUCUAGAGAAAUAAUUCGUGGGGAGCUAUUUAUAUGCUAGUUCCUAAGAAAUGUGUAUGUGUGUAAUAGAUAUGUUAUUUUUAAAUAAAUUCUAAAACUUAACUUUC